ACUCGUGCUCAUUUCUUAUUUUUCAUUUAUUAUAUGGGUUUUCCCUUUUUGGAGCCAAAAAGGGAUCUCUUUCCAUCAUCUCGGAUGGAGCCAAAAUUUCACCAUUUUUGGCUUUGGGAUGUGAUGGAAUAAAUCAAAAUGGAUCUCUAAACUGUCUGUGCUUCUUUAAUUAAUGAAGUAGCAGUUAGUUAAGCAAUGCAACUUUCGACGUUGAGCCGGGGGUCUCUUUGGAAACAGCCUCUCUACUUUCGAGUAGGGGCAAGUUUCCCGCAUCUACCCUUCCAUGGAUGCGAAGCUCUAAUCAUUCCCCCUUCUCUUCCAGAAAGCAUCCCUCAAUCCUUUCUCUUCGACUUCCUGCGAUUUCAAGCUGAGGUUUUGGUACUGAAGUUUGUGUACCACACAAGAAAGUUGACAAUGUGGAUUCUCAUUUUGAGAUUCUUGGGUUAAAACAGAAAGGAACUUCACUGUGGAUCCAAUUUGGCGAAAUCUUUGAGAUUAAAUGAUGGAAGACUGGCCCAAGUAUGCUCAUAGCCCUGCCCAUUUGGCGGUUGCGAGGCAAGAUCAUUCUGCUUUGAAGAAGAUUGUUUCUAGCUUGCCUAAGCUAGCCAAGGCAGGGGAGGUAAAAACAGAGGCCGAAUCUGUGGCCGCGGAGAACAAUGCAGAUGCUGUUUCUGCAGUGAUAGACAGGCGAGAUGUCCCUAACCGUGAGACUCCAUUACAUCUUGCGGUUAGGUUAAAGGACCCCAUAUCGGCCGAGAUAUUAAUGGCAGCUGGUGCUGACUGGAGUCUUCAGAAUGAACAGGGAUGGAGUGCCCUUCAAGAGGCUGUGUGUACUAGGGAGGAGCACAUUGCUAUGAUAAUCGCACGGCAUUACCAGCCUCUUGCUUGGGCAAAAUGGUGUCGUAGGCUUCCUAGGAUUAUUGCUUCCACAGCCCGGAUUCGUGACUUUUACAUGGAGAUCUCCUUUCAUUUUGAGAGCUCAGUCAUACCCUUCAUUGGUAGGAUUGCGCCCUCAGAUACUUACCGGAUAUGGAAACGGGGAUCCAAUCUCCGUGCAGACAUGACCCUUGCGGGAUUUGACGGGUUUCGGAUUCAGCGGUCAGAUCAAACGUUUCUCUUCCUCGGAGAAGGUAAUACAUCAUUGUCCCCAGGAUCACUGAUUGUUCUCGCGCACAAGGAGAAAGAAAUAACUAAUGCAUUAGAGGGAGCCGGAAUUCAACCAACAGAAUCCGAAGUGGCCCGUGAAGUGGCUUUGAUGUCUCAAACAAACAUGUAUAGACCCGGUAUAGAUGUCACACAGGCUCAACUCGUACCACACUUGAACUGGAGGCGCCAAGAGCGGACAGAGAUGGUCGGCUCUUGGAAAGCCAAGGUGUAUGACAUGCUUCAAGUGAUGGUCAGUGUGAAGUCAAGGCGGGUCCCAGGUGCAAUGACGGACGAGGAACUCUUUGCAACAAACGAUGAGGACAAGAUUGGGAAUGGAGAGUAUGACGAUGAAGAUGUUUUAACAGCAGAGGAAAGGGUUCAGUUAGAUUCAGCGCUUCGUGGCAAUCCAGAUGGAGAGGAUGAUGAGGAGCGUGAUGAUGAUGCUUCGCUUGAGAGCUCCGAAUCCAACGGUGUGGUUAAAGAAAAGAAAACUUGGUUUGGUUGGAAUAAGAAAAGUUCUAAACUGCCCCUUGAAGAAGGAAAACAAGCUGCCAAUGAGAGUCGUAGAUCGUCCUCAGAAUUCAGUAAGGAUGAUUUGGGGGAGGGAAGAAAUGGAAAAGAUAAAAGCUCUAGUAUGAAGAAGAAGAUGAAGAAACAGAAAAAGAAAACGAGUGAGGCAAAGAAUGAGAGUGAGUAUAAAAAGGGGCUAAGACCAGUUCUUUGGUUAACACCAGAUUUCCCACUGAAAACAGAAGAAUUGUUGCCAUUGCUGGAUAUUUUAGCCAACAAGGUUAAAGCUGUUAGAAGACUUAGGGAGCUAUUAACGACUAAACUUCCUUCCGGCACAUUUCCCGUCAAGAUUGCAAUUCCUAUAGUACCCACCAUUCGAGUUCUCGUCACAUUCACAAAGUUUGAGGAGCUCCAGCCAGUUGAGGAAUUUUCAACCCCCGUGUCAAGCCCCACACACUUCCAUGAUCCAAAACCAGAGAGUUCAAACUCGUCAUGGAUUUCAUGGAUGAGAGGAAGCCACGGCGGUGCAGAUAUUGAAAGCCGAAAAAGCCUCAUACAAGAAGAGAUUAUUGACCCUUUUCACAUACCCACAGAUUAUACAUGGGUGGAUUCCAACGAAAAGAAACGCCGGAUGAGAGCCAAGAGAGCGAAGAUCAAGAAGCAGCAGCACAAGAAACAGACUGCCACUGAAGAAUAGUAUGUUUGCUUGGUUUCUUAACUGUUUUUUUUGUCUUUUCCCCCAUCUCACUCCCUUUGUAUGAUGAUGGCUAUUGGCUGCUUUUGUAUUGCCAUAUUCCAUUCUUUGUUUCUUUAGAUAGAAAUGUAAUCUUUCAUCUUCUGCUUUCUGUUGUUGUAUUUGUGCUUGGAUGUGAAUGAUAGAACAAGAGAUCCCACUUUCCUAUUCAAACUGGAAUUUCCAGAGUUGAAGCUUUGAAGUGCUGUGCCAUCAUUGCUGUUUU